AUGGACGAGCAUUUGAUAUCUACAAUUAAUAAACUGCAAGAUGCGCUCGCACCUUUGGGUGGUGGUUCACAAUCUCCAAUUGAUCUGCCUCAGAUCACUGUUGUGGGAUCCCAGUCUUCAGGUAAGUCAUCUGUGCUAGAGAACAUUGUUGGCAGAGAUUUUUUACCCAGAGGUACUGGUAUUGUAACCAGAAGGCCUUUAGUUUUGCAACUGAUUAAUCGUAGAGUUAAGAAGGAAGACCACAGCGUUAAAUCCGCCGCCAAUGAGCUGAUUGAUCUUCAUGUCAACGAUGAUAAGAAUCAGAUUAACCACAAAGGUCAAUCUGAAGACAAUGCCGAAGAAUGGGGUGAAUUUUUACACUUACCGGGAAAGAAGUUUUAUAACUUCGAUGAAAUUAGACAAGAAAUUGUUAAAGAGACUGAUAAACUGACUGGUGCCAAUUCUGGUAUCUCCUCUAUUCCUAUCAACUUAAGAAUAUAUUCUCCACAUAUCUUGACCUUGACUUUGGUCGAUUUGCCAGGUCUCACUAAAGUUCCUGUCGGUGAUCAACCUCCAGAUAUUGAGAAACAGAUUAAAGAUAUGCUUUUGAAAUAUAUUUCGAAGCCAAACUCGAUCAUUCUUUCAGUCAACGCUGCCAACACAGAUCUGGCUAACAGUGAUGGUCUGAAACUGGCAAGAGAAGUGGAUCCUGAGGGUACGAGAACUAUCGGUGUCUUAACAAAAGUCGAUCUUAUGGACCAAGGUACUGAUGUUAUUGAUAUUCUGGCUGGUAGAGUUAUUCCCUUGAGAUACGGUUACAUUCCCGUCAUAAAUAGAGGUCAAAAGGAUAUCGAAAAGAAGAAAACGAUUAGGGAAGCAUUGCAAGAUGAAAAGAGAUUUUUUGAAAACCAUCCUUCCUACAGUUCCAAGGCCCACUACUGCGGAACUCCUUACUUGGCCAAAAAGCUAAACUCAAUCUUGUUGCAUCAUAUCAGACAAACUUUGCCAGAUAUUAAGGCGAAAAUUGAAGCUACUCUAAAGAAGUAUCAAAAUGAGCUAUACAAUCUUGGGCCAGAGAAUAUGGACUCCCCAAAUUCUGUUGUCUUGAGUAUGAUCACUGAUUUCUCCAACGAGUACGCAGGAAUUUUGGAUGGUGAGGCGAAAGAGCUGUCUAGUCAAGAGCUUUCUGGUGGUGCAAGAGUUUCUUUUGUUUUCCAUGAGGUUUUCAAGAAUGGUGUGGAUGCUCUUGAUCCAUUCGAUCAGAUUAAGGAUUCAGAUAUCAGGACUAUCAUGUACAAUAGUUCUGGUUCAGCCCCCUCACUUUUCGUUGGAACAGAAGCAUUUGAGGUUCUGGUCAAGCAACAGAUAAAAAGGUUCGAAGAACCUUCUUUACGGUUGGUUAGUCUGAUAUUUGACGAGCUGGUGCGCAUGUUGAAGCAAAUAAUUUCCCAAACCAAAUAUGGCAGAUACCCAGCUCUGAGGGAAGCUAUUUCAAAUCAAUUCAUUGAAUUCUUGAAAGAAGCUAUUGUUGACACGAACUCAUUUGUCGUCGACAUCAUCAACGCGGAACAGACCUACAUCAAUACCGCUCAUCCUGAUUUAUUAAAAGGUUCUCAGGCCAUGGCAACGGUGGAAGAGAAACUACAUCCUCGUCAAGUUGCCGUUGACCCUAAGACUGGUAAACCAAUUCCAGGCCAACCAGCCACGGCCAAGCCUCCUGCUAUCGAAGAAAAGUCAGGAUUCUUUGGGGGAUUUUUUUCAACUAAGAACAAAAAGAAGUUGGCAGCUUUAGAAUCACCACCUCCAGUUUUGAAGGCCACAGGACAAAUGACGGAAAGAGAAACCCUUGAGACCGAGGUAAUUAAACUGUUAAUUAGCAGUUAUUUCGGCAUCGUCAAAAGAACUGUUGCAGAUGUCAUUCCUAAGGCUUUGAUGUUGAAGCUAAUCGUCAAGAGUAAAAGAGACAUCCAAAAGGUGCUCUUGGAAAAGCUUUAUGGAAAUCAAGAUAUCAGUGAACUGACCAAAGAAAACGACAUCACUAUUCAAAGAAGGAAGGAAUGCAAGAGGAUGGUCGAAAUUUUGAGGCAUGCUAGUGAUAUUGUCUCCUCAGUAUGA